AUGACGACCACCGUCACGACCGGAGUGUUGGCAGGGACCGCAGGCGGCGCAGGACUCGCCGGUCUGGCCGUCGCAGGAGCUGUAGGUUUGGGUGUCCUGGGCGUGGCCGCCCUUGCCUCCAGAGGCGGAGGACGCAGGAAUGGCGGGGGCAGGAGGAGGGGGCAUCGCCGGGGGCGUCGCUCCACUGAGGACGACGCCGACGACUGGAGGAUGCAGAACGCCCUCGAGUUGGUGCGCGCGGAGGACGUUACAGGAUGCGGCAUGAGGCUGGUGUGCGAACUGGCCAGCCAGGAGGAGGAGGAUCUGGUACAGGAGGAGCUGGCCAUCCUGGCACUGCUCGGACCCGACGUGAAGCCCGGGGAGGGAGUCCUUCCCCCCGGGGGCGCCAAGGGAGAGUACCUGCAGGCCAGGAGCUUCGGCGGACGAGGCGGGGACUGCGGCGCCGCCUUCCCCAUGUGUCCACUCAACGGCACGCAGCUCAUGGACACCGUCAUGGCCUACCUGCCAUGA